AUGUACGGUUAUGUCAUGCAAGGGAAUCUUGUAAAGAUAUCAGCAGACGCAUCUUCUGCAGAUGAACACGGCCUUUCGGCUACACACAACAUUCUCAGCUUUUUAGGAGCUGUAGCUACCACUACAGCUGUGGAGACCAUGAAGAAAGAGGGAGAACCAUUGUUGCAAUCAAAUCCACGUGACAAACUCUGA